UUCUUCCUCUUCCUCUCCUUCCCCUCUCUCUUUCUCUCUGUGCGUGUGUGCGUGUGUGUCGUUCCUCCUGUCUCUCGUUCCUCCUCUAGCUCUCGCCUCCCUUUUCCCACCCUACGCAGGCGCUCGCUCACCCGUUCCUGCCUCUUCACGCUCUCCUCCUGCUGCCGCGGUUGCCACCAAGCAAACGCUUCCCCUCGUCCCCCCCUGCGCCUUCUCGUUGUCUGCCAUUGGCGGCAGGGAAGGCGGGGGACGAGGGAGAGGAGGAAGGAGAGCAAGAGGGAGAGCAGGAGGAAGGAGGUUCUGCCUCAACCCGUCCAGGCGUCGUCGCGCCACAUCGAAGCCCUAACGCUAGCCGCGGCGGAAACUUCGACUGGCCGAGACGUGCCGUGGGAAGCAACUGCACGAAGCGACCGCACGAAGCAACUACGCGAAGCAACCACGCGAAGCAACCACGCGCUCGCCCCAUCCCGUCACGUCCAGCCAGGUCCUUGGGGAAGGUGGCGUCCCCCCACGACACGGGCGAGGCAAGCACAACCGCGAGCGCUGGGAAGCACACCACCACGUGUCGCCUAACCGAUGCUCCCAACGCUGCGACGCUUCGGCGAAGGGCAUGCAUAAGAUUAAGAUCGGUUACGCAUCCGAUGCCUCGACCCAUCGGGAGCGGGACACUCCCGUCUUAGGCCACACGAGCAAACCGCCCGCCUCGCCCGUCUUACAAAACCCGGCGCACCCUGCAUUCCUUCGUUUGUUUGUUUGUGCGUUGCGUUGCGUUGCGUUGCGUUGCGUUGCGUUGCGUUGCGUUGCGUUUAGCCGACCUCGCCUGAGAACCACACGCAUCGAAACAUGCCUGCUCACGUGCCUGGGUUCGAUGCCUGGUGUAGGCCCUGUAGCUGGGAUGGAUCGCGAUCGGGAGUCAUGUAGGGGCGGGUACUUGGCUGCAGAGAGAGGGAGAGAGAGAGAGACAUCUCCGAGCCCAUCCGCAUGUCAGGGGCUGCUCGUGGGCCUAAGCCACACACGCUGCCUGCCCGGUGGAACGUGGCACGGCAGUCCCCGUACUAUUCCGCAGCGACUCGUACGCCGGCCGAAUUUUGUGCAUGCCGGCAUGCCGGCCCAGCUUCGGAAUCGGGCGGCCACGGUCUGCCUAGUCACCCGCUCCGGUCGUAGCGACAUGUUCGGCAGCCAAACACGUAGGGGUGUGGCUUCGCGACACGUCGGAGGCGCAUCGACGAUCGACGAUCGGGAAAGAGUGCCAGCUAUCCCAGCUGAUGCGAGAACCGACGAGAUGUCUCCGCAUGAGGUAGGUGGUACGGUCUCCCUAGCGCUGUUCCUCAGUUCCCUCUCGUCAGCUAUCUCUCGCCUGGGGCUACGAGCUGCUCUGACAUGUAUCGUGGUCUUGUUCACGGGCAUCCGUCGACUGGCUAGGGGGGGACGGCUUUGACCUCCAGAACGAGAGGCAGACAAGCGGAGACGUAACACGGAUGCGACUCUGGGGCUGAACUUCUUGGGAUGCCUGCCGGCACUUGGCCGGAUUAAAAGCCAACUCGGCAUUACGAGGCAGUAAAAAUGGUACCCACACGC